CAAGAGCUCCAGGCACUUUCACCUUCUCGCAGCAAGCAGCACAGAUCCACACGAUGGAAUGUAUCAAAAACUGCUGCAGGACAUUUAUGUCUAAAGAGAAAGAACCAGAGAUUCAGAUGAAAAGUAUCCGACCUCCAGGUAAAUUAACAGUUGAAUCUUAUGUGAAGAAGAGUGUUGGAGUAUCAGAGGAUUAUCUCCUCUCUAAACUGCCCCCAGAUGACAGGGAGGUCCCCUUUGUCCUCCCAACCUUCAAGCCCUCCUACAUCCAGCCGAGAGGGGCACAGUACUCCAGCUACAACAUCGGGCAACAGAUUGUCACCUGUCAAGCAAUUUUAGGCUCAUCAAAGACCACUUAUGCAGUCAGGAAGGCAGAGCUUGCAGGAGCCAAUCAAAUUGUGUAUGACCCUGAUUUGACCUUUAACACCAGUCAGAUCAUCAGCUUCGUGUCGCCAGGUUCAGUGAGACGCCCCAGUAUGAAAGGCCAUCCCAACAACAGCCCUGGCACAAGUUGGGAACACAAUGGCAAACAAAGACUCAGCCUAUCCAUGUUUGAUUUGUCAAACUCUCAAGGCCCUGUACAGCGUUAUGAUUCCGUAUCCAGUGUCCAGAGUAGCACAUCGUCCAUUCAGGAUUCCUUUGGGAGCAGCCGUAGUCUAGAGUCCAUUACGCUGUCUGGCGAUGAGAGGGAUCGUGAGCUGGGAAAGGUGUGUGUGCACCUGAGGUACGAGGAGGCGGUGGAGCAGGUGUGGAUCACCUUGUUGAAGUGUGCAGACAUGAGUGUAUAUACUGAAGGGGUGGAGCUGCAGAAGAUUGGGGUCAAAGGGGUCAUCACCAUGACGAAGCCAGUGCGAUUUAAGAGCACAGUCAAGGAAGCAUCAGCGGACACUGAGUUUAUGGAGACAUUUGUGUUCACUCUAAACUUAGAGCAAAUACGCAGGUCUGCGCUUUUACUGCGUCUGCAGGCUCAUACACCACGCAAGCGCACACUGGGAGAGUGUGUGUUAUCUCUCCGAACCCUUGGACCACAGGAAACACAGCACUGGCUGGAGUUCAGGCCCCACUCUAAAAUACGUGUGUGCCAUGCUGAGCUUCAGCUAGCCUUGUGCUUUCAGCCUGUGAGCAGUCGAAUGCAGCUCCAGAUCCUCAGUGCUCAAAAUCUUCCGUCAUCUUCCUCACCGCUCACACACAGUUUCUUUGUGAAGGUGGACAUGCUAAGAGAUGGCCAGUCCUUACUGAAGAGAAAAACAAAGAUUAUGAAGUCAUUAGGAGGGCAUGUCCAGUGGGGGGAGGUGCUUCUAUUGCCCAUCACCAAUCAGGACCAGAAUCUGCAGCUGUCCCUCAAACUUUUCAGCCGUGGAUCUCUUCAAAGAAAACACCUUCUUGGACAGGUGCUUUUGGGUUUUGACUGCAGUUCUCCAGAGGCAGUGGAGCAAUGGAGAGAUUCCAUCACUCAUCCUGAAAAAGUGGUGACUUCAUGGCACAGAGUUAGUCGACCCUGAAAGAGCGAAGAUGUAGAAAUGAGGGAAAAAAAAGAAUGACUGCAAAUGUAGCCUGUCCAACUUUGGGAUGGUGGAGAGGGGUGGUCCAAUCACAAAACACUGUCCUCUAUACUCUCCAACUUUACUGGACUUAGCUGUAACACUAAACUUUUUUCUACAAAUGUCUUUGCCUGUAAUUUUUCCUGCAUGUGUUUUUUAUGCCAUAGCCCUUUGGAAGGAGGGCAAAUCUGCAUUAUGGCACUAAGUAAUUAAUUUUUUGUAGGUAGUAUCGUGUAUUCCAGCUGCUUUACCUGUUUAGUAGAUGGCACAGGGUAAAUAGCCACAUUCGAUGUUCUGCAUUGGUGUAUGUAACUUGAGAACAUGGAACUGCGACAGAAACCGGAUACAUGUAAAAUAGACAUUAUGUGCUAUAAGAUACACAUCAGAUUGCAGCUCCUGCUGGUUUUAACAGCAUAAUAAAUUAAACAGAGUUGUACUAUUGUCAGUGUUGCAGCAUAGCUUGUAAGAGCAAGUAUACCAGGCAGUCAGAUAAUAUCUUUUCAGAAUUCAGAAAUGAAGUAUUAUGUUCAGUAUUCUUCUCCUGUCAUCGAUUUGGUAAUUAUUAUUUCACAUUCACUAGCUGUCGGAGGGAGAUAAACCUGUUUUUAAGUGCAGCAGAAAUUCUUGUUCAGAAGCGUGUUUUGGUGCUUCGGGUAAACGGUUUGAAAAGCUUUUAUUUUUUAGAAGUUCAGAAGGUUUGGGUUACAUUCCCAUCCAAAUAGAAUUCAGUCUGUAAAUUUGUACCCUAUUUUCUUGCAUAGAGAAAGAGAGCACAAGAGACCGGGAUAGACCGCAAGAGAGUGCAACAAAGAGACUUUUGUUUACACAGGAAUUUCUCUUCUCAUCCUUUGUGCUGUUCUUAAUUCAAGGUGACCUAACUCUCUGGUAACCGCCAUUUCUUAAAAUAUAUUUUUGCACAGGUGACAGUAGCUUAUUUAAGAGUGUUCACUGUGUUCAUAUUUAAACAGGUAUAUUGUGUUAAGUAAUGCUGUAAUUCAGUGAACACAUGGUAUUAUGUAAGAGGCUUUUUCACAGAUAUUUGAAAAGCAAAUAUUUCAUUCUUAUCAACUGUAUUUUGUGCUUAUGCAUACAAAGAUUUGUUUGAUCAGAGUCUGGCAGCCUGAUGUUCCAGCAAUUAAAAUUUUGAUCAAAUCAUCCUGCAAAAGAAACAUUUAUAUUAAAAUUGUUUCUGAUGGGACAUUCUAAGUUGUAACACCAUAUGAAACAUUUACAUUAUUCUGUAUCAUUGUGUUUUUCUUUGUGUCAACAGUGACAAAACCAGGACUGUUAUAACAAAUCCAUUUGAACUGAACAGUAAAAGCAAUGAAUGGGUUAUCUUCUAUUUUACUACAAUGUAAUAUUGUUUUGUCAAGUAACUUGAAACAUUUCUUUC